AUGUCGGAAGAAACAAUACUAAUACAGAAUCCAGUUGUUAAUGAUGAAACAAAUCCAGUAGCAACAAUAAAAGAUGAACAAAUAGAAGAAUCAACAACAACGACAACAGCAAAUGGUUUACUUGAAUCGAAUGGAACAAAUCAAACUGAACAAUUACAAGAAAAAACUGAACCAGUAGAAACUACUUCAGAUGAUAAAGAACAAGAAACUUAUAAUAAAAAUGAUUUAGAACCAGAAUUUCUUCGAAAAGUUUUUAUUGGAGGACUUUCAUAUAAAACAGAUGAUCAAGCUUUUAAAAGUUAUUUUUCAACUUAUGGAGAUAUUGUUGAUUGUAUUAUAAUGCGCGAUAGAGACGGUCGAUCUCGAGGUUUUGGUUUUGUUACUUAUGCAUCAUCAGCAAUGGUCGAUCGGUUAAUGGCUGGUCGUCCACAUAUUCUUGAUACACGUGAAAUUGAACCAAAACGAGCAGUACCAAGAGAAGAAAGUGGAAAACCAGAAUCAUCUUUAAGUGCGAAAAAAUUAUUUGUUGGUGGUAUUCGAGAAGGAUCAAUCAAUGAACAUGAUUUAAAUGAAUAUUUUUCAAAAUAUGGAAAUAUUAUUGAUGCUGUUAUUAUGAAAACAAAUGAAGGAAAAUUACGUGGAUUUGGAUUUGUUGAAUUCGAUGAUUAUGAUCCAGUAGAUAAAAUUGUUCUAGAGAAACAUCAUGUUAUCAAAGGAAAUGCUGUCAAUGUAGAAAAAGCUCUACCUAAAGAUCAAACAAAUCGUGCUCGACAUGCUGCAUCAAAUUAUGCAGGUGGAGGUGGUGGUGGUGGUAUGCGUGGUCCACCAAGAACAGGUGGUGGAUGGGGACCAAUGGGUGGUCAAUCAAAUUUUGGUGGAGGUGGCUAUAAUGGAGGAGGUGGCUAUGGCGGCGGAGGUGGUUAUAGAUCUGGUGGUGGAGGAAGAGGCGGUGGCUAUAAUCCUGGUGGAGACUAUGGCAAUCGAUCUUCAAAUUAUGGUGGUGAUAUGGGUGGUGGUAUGGGAGGUAACGGUGGUGGUGGUAUAAUGGGCUUCGGUGGUCCAGGACCUAUGGGUGGAGGAGUAGGUGAAAACUAUGGAAUGGGAGGCCCACCUCGUACUGGUUAUGAAGAGAGUUACGGAGCUUUUGGUACACCAUCUGAUUUUGGUGGUUUCGGUCAAAAUUACGGAUCAUCGCAAGGUGGCGGUCCAAUGAGACGUGGCGGUGGUGGUGGUCGAGGUGGCUAUAAUCGUGGCGGUGGUCGAGGAGAUGGUGGUUAUCGUGGUCGCAAUUAA